CUGUUUUUGUACAGCGAUACAAAUUAUAAACACAAUGAAAAGUUAUAUAAUCAUGUUUUUAAUUGAGGUGCUACUAACAACAGCUUGUAGGAAACCGUCAACAACAAUAAAAAUUCAAAACUACAUCGACGAAGAUUUUACUUUUCGAAAAUCUCCAAGUUGCUUUUACGACUUCGAUGAAAGAGACAACUAUAAAUACACGGAGCCGUUAACAGAAAUAGAUUGCACGUGCCUUGUGAAAAAACUUCCAGAUGUUAAAUGUACUUGCAAAUGCAUCGAAAAACCAAUAUCGAAAUGCGUUCCGAUCAGCGUUCCUCAGCGUUGCACUGGAACUAAGAACAGUGGAACUCAUUGCGGAACCUCUGCAUCUCGAUUCGAUGUUUUUAUUCCUACUUCAGUUUGUAUGGUCUGAUGUUUUCGCUAUGGAUUCCGGUGUGGUGCAACAAAACCGUAUUUACUGAUAAGGUUUUAUCAUAAUCGUAAAUGUUGUAAGUACUCUGUUUACAGUUAGUGGGAAAUGUUUUUCAAUAUACGUGAUUUCCGAUUACCUAAUACUAGAAAAUGACUCUUUGUAAAUAUUUGAGCUGUUAAUUCUUAUAUGACAAAUAUCCACUUAAAAGUCUUUAAAACAGUUCAAGGAGUUUCUUUGAAUAGAAAAUGACAGUUUUAAUCAUAAAUAGGAUUAUACUUUAUAAUUAAGUUAUUUCAGAUAGUAUUUAAAUUCUGCAUUUAUUGUUUAA